CUUAUGUGUUGUCUAUUUUUAUGUGUUUUGAUUUUUAUUCACACAAAGACUGUAAACUACCCUAAAGUCUAAAGCGCUCCAAGCCUAGUUACAAAAUUAAAUUUCCUUACCUCUAAGAUUACUAACCCUUAGAAUAAAGAUACAUUGCUAAGAAACUCUGAAACUCAACUGUAUGAACAGCUUAAAAUAAAGAAAUAGCUUUACAAAAAGAAUAAUUGCCUAAUACAGACACUUUUGUGACAAUUAUAUUGGUCUUAAUAGACUGCCCAAAUAAACUUGACAUCCAUCAUCACAGUCUUCUAGUCUAUCUCUGAUUGGUCACAAAGCUAAGAUUGUCCAUGAUCACAGGAUCAGAACUAGGAGCAGACGCCAGUGAACACAUUGAGGUGCCAGAGGAUCCAUACUAUGAAGAUGAUGAUGACAAGAGACUCUGGAUCGGAAAUCUGGAUCCCAGAAUGACAGAAUUUGCAAUAUUAAAACUUGUACAAAAGUUUGGCUCCAUUAGAAAGAUGGACUGCAUUUAUCAUAAAGCAGGUCCAGACAAAGGCAAAUCUAAGGGAUAUUGCUUUGUUAGUUUUCAUACUUGGGAGGCUGCUGAGAAAGCUAGAAAAGCGCUGGAUGGGAAACUGAUUUCUUCAAGGCCAAUGUAUGUCAAGUGGGCCAGGGGCUCUAAACAGUUGUCUAGUAAAGUCCCCAACAAACAAAAACCAGCAGAAGUCUCCACCAGUCAAACUUUACCACCUGUGGCAGCAGCUGUCUUGUCUUUAUCAGAGUCAUUAGCUGUGGCAGACACUGAAACCAAAAUAGAAGCCAUUGAGGCCAAACUUCGUUUGAUGGAGCAAAAUGAUUGUGACUUAAGUCUUCACUCAGUGCUGGCUCCUAUUCCUGGUCUCAAGCCUGUCAAGACCAACUCUUCCUUAGCCAAAACAGAUUCCCAUUCCUACAGAAAACUUCCCUAUAGGAGACCCAACACUACUACACACAGACACAAGUGGAAGAAAUAAUGUUCAUAUUAUGUUUAUAUAUUUUGUUUUGAAAACUACUCAACCAUCAAAAAUGAGUGCAUUUGUCAGUGAUGUUCUUUUUUUUAUUCAAAUAUUAACUCGUUUAUGUGAGUGAACUAACCAUUGUCAGUUAAUCCUCCAAGAUAGACUUCUGGUUUAGAAUAUACAGUAUUUGUUAGAUACAAAACAAAGGCUUUUUUUUAGUUAAAAUAUUUGGUUCUCAAUACACUAUACCAGGCAAGACCCCAGCAUAACAAUAAAAUCUAUAACCUGUUCAAAAGUACACAAACAAUGUUACAUUAUGACUGUUAUCAAAACUUUUGUAAAGAAUAUCCUUAUAAAUCAGAUUUUCUUGAGAAUGAAAUAUAUAUCCUGUGUACCCACUAAAAUUGUAAGUGAGGAGUUGAGGCUUUUAGUAAUUGAUCAUUUGAAUAGUUUUUGACUUAAAACAUCUUGCUUAUUUUUACAUUAUGUGUAGUGAAUGAAAGUACUGAAGUUUCAGACUUAACUCUGUGGUUUAAGCAUUCAUUUGUCCAGACCUUGUUUCUAAAGCACUGAAGUGUUACAAUCUUUUUUUUUUUUUAAUUUUUAUUCAUAUUUCAUGUAAGCUCUUAUAUCUCCUAAUCUUUAAGAAUAUUAAUCAUGAAAUAGUAAAUCUAUGAAAUGGUAUAAAUUACAGUAAGUUCUUCAAAUGAAGGCGUAAAUUAUGUGUCACUUCUUAUUAAAAACUAAAAUAUUCAGUUGGGGUACUUAUUCUUUGCCAAACUGCCUAACCUUACAGUUUGCAUAUAAAAAGUACAGAUGCAUAUUCUUCAACAUUUGAUACAUUAGACUUUUCUUGCUGUGUGAUUAGAAUGUAAAUUUAAAUAUCAGUUUAGCCUCUUUUCUAAAAUAUUAGAUUGUGGGAUUUGAAUUUUUCCUUUCUGUCACAAUUUUGUUUAAUAACUUGUCAAAUUUAAGUUUUUAUAUAUUUAUUUAUUUCACAAAUGUCUUAAACUAGAGAGAAGUCAUCAGUUGAAUCUGUAUAUCUUAUGUUCUUGCAUGAAGGAAAGGAAUGCCAUUAUCUGUACCUUGCCUCAUGAUAUAUCUGUGGCAGACUUCACUGAGCAGAUGCUGUGAGACCAAGGUUAGGGUGUUCCCACUUGUACAUGGAAAUUGAAAACAGCUUCAAUUGAAUGCCUUUCCGUAAAUAGUGUCGGUUUAAACUUUUGCUGUGUGUGCAUGACAUUGGCUCAUAGUAUUUUGAUCUCAAUGACACUCAAUGCUCCCAGCAAAUGUAUAAAGCUGACCUGCAAUGGGAUAGACACAAAUGUAGAAGUGGACUAUGUCAAAAAAGAAAAAAAAAAUUUAACUCUGGUUUUUGUCAAAUAUCAAUUCAAUAGAAAAUCAACUGAAUUUUCUAUGAAAACUCUUGAAAGAUUAAUAUAAUUUUGUGUGUAUGCUAGUGUGCUUUGUAAAUUUAAAUGCAAGUACAAUUAAUGUUCUGAAACAAAUCUGAUUAUAAAUGUUUCUUCCCUUCAACCAGUUACAAAAGAGAAUUCACAAGAUUAUUGUAUCUGUAAAUAAUUGAUCAUCAACAGAUUUGAAACAUAAUGUAUAAGUGAGAAAUGUUUCUGGUAAAGUGUGCCUGUUUCUAUAUCUAUUUAAUAUUAUUAGAUCUGAAGUUGAAGAGAAAUGAAUGAGUGUUACGACAUUGCCAUUUACUAACUAUGCAGUGACAGAAAGGUUUAUAAAUAAUACAUCCCUUUACUGUAAUCAACCUUUACUCUGAUAAUUUUAUGGUUCACUCCUAUUUCUGGAAAAGUCUCUAUUGUUUUUACAGUCUAUUUGUUCAUAUUUCAGUUUGUCACAGUAAGAUCUCAACAAAAGCACACAAGUGUUAUAGAAAAUCUGAUUUUGGAUAAUUUGUAUUGGGCUCAAAUAAGUACAACCACUACUUUUUGGGUCUUCUGAAAGUGAAUGCUUUUGUUUUUAAAAUAUGCAAAAAUGUUUUUUUUUCAUACAUGCACCAUUUUUAAAACAUGAUUUAAAAGUCUUGUAUAAUUAUACUACCACUCUGAUUGCUGUGGUUCACUAGAGUACAUAGUUUUUUGUUUUCUGGCCAUAUAUGUACAAAGUUUCAUUAUUGUAAAAUAAAUAUAAAAAAACAUUAUUAUACUAAAAUAACAUCUAAAAUAUGUUAGUGGGUGCAUUGGCUACUUAUUGUAACUAAUAGGCUUUUGAAAGCAACCAUCUUUUGUUAAAAAAAACAACUUUUGCAUUUGUCUGCAUAUACAGUCUGGCUUGAUCCACAAGUUUUAUGGGAAAUAUAAUUAUGCACGAGUACAACUAACCCCAAGGGGCUGCUCAUGAGUUUGUUUUAAAUAUUUUUGUGUGUUGUGUGAGAUCACAAAAUAUAAUAAUAAUACAAACAUGA